AUGCCAUCACAACGGAAAGUGGCUGCAACUUAUGCUAUUGAAAUUGAUUUGUCACAUGAAUCAGGAUUAAGAUUAAAGAUAUCUUAUGAGCUUUUUAGUAAGCAAGUUGGUGGAUAUGAUAAUCUUAAUUUUACCAAGCAAGAUCAUAAAAAUUAUUUAUGCACUAAGCGACAAAGAGACAUGGAGCAUGGGGAAGCCGCUAGCUUGGGAAGAUAUUUCAGUUGUCAACUUAAGGAAAAUCCUUCAUAUUAUUUUGCUACUCAAUUGGACUGUAAAGAGUUGAUUACUAAUAUCUUUUGGGCCGAUGCAAGAAUGAUCAUUGAUUAUAGCCACUUCGGUGAUGUAAUAACGUUUGAUACAACGUAUAGUACAAAUAGAGAUGCAAGGCCACUUGGAGUAUUUUUGGGUCUCAAUCACCAUAGAGAAACUGUUGUAUUUGGAGUUGCACUUUUAUAUGAUGAAACGAUUGAAUCUUUUGUAUGGUUAUUUGAGACCUUCUUAGAAGCAAUAUUUGAAAAGAAGCCAAUCACUAUUUUCACAGAUCAAGAUGCAACAAUAUCAGCUGAAAUAAAAUUUCUUACAGCUUGGAAUGAAAUGCUGGAUAAGUACGAUGUUCGUGAAAAUAAAUGGCUAAUUGAUCUAUUUAAAUUGAAGGAAAAAUGGGCCCAAGCAUAUGUUAAGAGAACUUUCACUGCAGGAAUGAAGACAAUCCAGCUUAAUGAGUGUUUCAAUGCUGACUUGAAGGAUUGCUUGUGUACUGAUCUCAAUAUAGUAGAGUUUUUCACUCAUUUUAAAAGAGUUGUCAAUCAAAAGCAGGAUAAGGAGUUAGAAGCAUAA